CACAACAUUAGAAUAAAAUUCCAGAAACUUUUGGUUUGUUGAAAUAAAGCAAAAUCCCACUUAAAAAGCUGGUGAAAACUGAAGCUUUCCACUUUGAGAUAUUUGCAAAAACCAGUCCACAAAGAAACGAAGCUUCAAUGGCACCCGAAACUUCACAGUUCGAGUCCAGUGAAAUGCUGGCGACGUUUCUGGCCUCGACGCCGCUGCUGGAGGAUUCAUGGCGGCUGUGCAGCCAUGCAAACGCCGUAGCCCCGCGCAGCUUCGCCGUGAGUGUGGUGGGCCAGGUGGCGUACGUGGCGUUUUCCGCCGUGCAGGUGGUGGAGAGCGGCAGGAACCUGGUGGAGCUGCAGAGAUGUGGGAGGGAAAUUUGGGGUUCAUUUCCUUGUCAUGUGGAAGGGGAGAAUGCAGUGAUGGUGGAUGGUGGGCUCCUGCAACUCUUCCUCUCUAUUUAUAGGAGCCAAGAUUUUCAACAGAAGAUAUUUGAAAUCUUGAAUACAAGCAAAUCAGUUGUUCUUGCUGGUCACUCCCUAGGAGGAGGAGUUGCUUCCCUUUCAGCCCUAUGGCUACUUUCUCACAUCCAGACGACGUCGCCUUCCACGUCGGUCUUCUGCAUCACCUACGGGUCACCUAUGCUCGGAAACGAGCCCUUUUCCCAAGCCAUCCUCCAAGAAAGAUGGGGUGGGAAUUUCUGCCACAUUGUUGCCCAACACGACAUAGUCCCACGACUGCCCUUUGCCCCAUCGUUCCCCUCGGACGUUGAACGUCUCCGUGCCCUCUUCAUGCAACUUGCACUCCAGUUGUCUGAUGAGAACAAAGCUGAGCUGUUCGACAAAGUAUUGGCCUGCAUUGAAGCACGGUUUGGACCUGCAGCCGGCGAUGAUCAUCAAGAAAGACGCCGGUAUUGGCCGUUUGGGAGCUACAUGAUUUGCACAGACAAGGGAGCAGUUUGCUUGGAUAACGGAACGGCUAUCAUCAAGCUCCUUUACCUGAUGCUGGCGGAGGGAUCGGCUAAUUCCUGUACAGAUGAUCAUCUCAAGUACGAGGAUUAUGUUACCAAAGUUUGCUUGCACUACUUAGUGAAGAGAAGGCUGUUGGAGGUGAGCUUCUCUGAGUCCAGCAGUGAAUCAGGGAUUGCAUUGGCUUUGCAAUCAUCAAACAUAUCUUCUCACCAGGAAUCGGUCUAUGGGACUGCAGUGAACUGCCUGGCAACGGCAAGACAAUUGGGAUGGAGGCGGAACCUCAACACGGCCAAGAUGGCUGUUUCGUUGUCUAAGAUCAAUCCAUUCAGGGCCGAGUUAGAAUGGUACAAAACGUAUUGCGAUCGUUCGGAGGAUCUGUUGGGAUACUACGACUCAUUCAAGCGGAGAGGUGCUUCAAAGAGAGAUUUCAAAGUGAACAUGAACCGGCUCAGGCUCGGAUGCUUUUGGGACGACCUGAUCGAUAAGCUGGAAAAGAAUCAGCUGGCGCAUGAUUUCCACAAGUUGUCAAAGUACGUGAACGCAUCUCAAUUCUACAAACUCCUCGUUGAGCCUCUUGAAAUCGCUGAAUACUAUAGGACGGGCAUGCAUAGGGAGAAAGGCCAUUACGUUGAGCACGGGAGGGAAAAACGGUUCAAGAUCUUUGAUAGGUGGUGGGGAAACAGAAAAGUUGGAGAUGAAGAGAGUAAGCCGAGAAGCAUGUAUGCAAGUUUGACGCAAGAUUCGUGCUUCUGGGCUAAGGUGGAGGAAGCCAGAGACCUUAUAUUCAACGUCACACGUGAACCGGAUCCGAGGAGGCAUUUGCUGCCGCUGGACAAGAUUCAGAAGUUUGAACAACACGCAAAUGGAAUGAUCGAAAGGAAGGAGGUGGCUGUGGAUGUUCUGGCGAAAAAUUCGAGCUACAACUUGUUUCGAGAGGAAUGGAGCUGCCUUAAGUCUCAGCUGCAGCUGCUGCCAUCUCAGUUUCCAGGUUUUCAAGAUGGAAUGGUUCAGUGAGUUGGUUUAGGGACUCUUAGAUGAUGUUUAAGUGAUUUCUCUUCAACUUCUUGUGAAUGGGAAAUCUGAAAGUUCUCCUAACAUGUAUAAUUAUAUUAAGAGUUGUAUAUUUUAUGCAUAGUUUGAAUAGCUAUUCA